AAAAAAGAAGAAAAAAAAAGGGGGAGGAGGAUGGCAGUAAAGAAAGUGGUGAUGGUGCCAGACGCAGCGGCAGUAAGAAGCGUACGUACGUGCUUUAUCUUAGCGGCUGAGUGUGACGUGAUAUUGCAGCCUUGCUUCGAGAGCUCUGCAAGGACCAAGCAAGAGCGCGUCUGUUUCUCUUUGUGUUAUAACUCAGAAGUCAAGCCAAACAUCUCACAUCCACCCAUCAAAAGGAUCUUUGAUUUCUUUCCCCCUCCAGUCAUCUUUUUUCUUUUUUUUCCAAAACGAGUGGAGAAACGCGACUUUAACAGAGGCGAAACCAUUUGGGAGAAAAAAAAUAGAGACGAUUUAAUUCCUGGGAACACAGUAAAGAAUUCGCUCGCUUCUUCUCAUCACUCCAAGAAUUUCUUGUUUCCUUCUCCUUUUUUUCCCCCCUGUCUCCUCUCUCUCUCUCUUGGUAUUUCUCUCUUCUGCUCGGUGGCUGUCGUGCGUUUGUUGCGCUCCGGUUUUGAUGGGAAAAAGCCAGCAGAAGAAGAGGAAGAGGACAGGGAGGAUAUGAGCGGGCAGAGCGGAGUGUAACGCAUUUUAUUUCCAUCCACUGAACCAUCUUGUUGCGCCGGACUUCUAUUGUCGGGAAUGGGGAGUAUUGAUUCACCGAAGGGCUGCAGAAUUUAUUUAUAAGGAUGUGGCCAGUGUUGGGAAAAUAGCCAUAGCUUCCGCAGUGUAAGGCCAAAUGACAUAGGAUGAAGGCUGUUCGAAACCUGUUGAUUUAUAUAUUUUCCACCUAUCUUCUGGUUAUGUUUGGAUUAACUGGUGCCCAAGAUUAUUGGUGUUCCACUCUGGUCAAGGGGGUCAUUUAUGGAUCAUACUCAGUGUCUGAAAUGUUUCCCAAGAACUACACAAACUGUACAUGGACGCUGGAGAACCCAGACCCAACCAAAUACAGCAUCUACCUUAAACUAUACAAGCGAGACUUGAGCUGCUCUGAAUACUCUUUGCUUGCUUAUCAGUUUGAUCACUACUCACACGAGAAGAUAAACGAGUUGCUCAAAGUGAACGCAUCCAUUGUAUAUCUCUGUGAUUCAAAGAAUAAUUACAUAUUUUUGCUGUACGACAAAAAUUUUGCUCAGCUGCGGAGAGUUUUUCCUUACGAUUACAAUGGAUUGACGCCGCAGAAGCUGGAUGAGGAGGAGCAGUCUAUCCUGGAGUUCUUAGUAUUGAAUAAGGCGAGCCCUAGCCAGUUUGGGUGUCAAGUGCUUUGUACGUGGCUGGAAAACUGCCUGAAAGCAGAGAAAGGGACAGUGGAGGCAUGCGGGAUCGUGUACACCAAAUGCACAUGUCCUCAGCAUUUAGGCGAUGGAGAAUCAGAGAGCAUGCUCAUGCUCAAUAAUGUGGUUUUACCUUUAAACCCACAAACGGAGGGUUGCUUGUCACCUCAGCUACAUGUCGGUCAAAUCUGCAAUCUGAGUGCAGAAGUAAGACGGCCUCCUAAAGAAGAAUAUGGAAUGAUCGGAGAGCAUACAGUAAAAAGUCAGCGGCCACGAUCAGUUCAUGACACAAAGGCCCUGAAGGAGCAAGCUGAAUCUGCUAAAUUUAUGGCACAAACUGGUGAAUCAGGUGCAGAGGAGUGGUCCCAGUGGAGCUCAUGCUCUGUAACAUGUGGUCAAGGGUCGCACGUGCGAACAAGAACAUGUGUCUCACCAUACGGAACACACUGCAGCGGCCCUUUAAGAGAAUCAAGGGUUUGCAAUAACACUGCCCCUUGUCCAGUACACGGUGUAUGGGAGGAAUGGUCACCGUGGAGCCUGUGCUCAUUUACAUGUGGCCGGGGUCACCGCACUAGGACUAGGAUGUGUGCUCCUCCCCAGCAUGGAGGCAGGGCCUGUGAUGGACCUGAGACCCAGACUAAACUUUGCAACAUAGCCCUGUGCCCAGUGGACGGACAGUGGCAGGAGUGGAGCUCUUGGAGCGAUUGCUCGGUGACCUGUGCCAAUGGCACUCAGCAGAGGACCAGGCAGUGCUCAGCAGCCGCCCAUGGGGGAUCUGAGUGUCGCGGUCACUGGGCAGAAAGCAGAGAGUGCCAUAAUCCUGACUGCACAGCUAAUGGCCAGUGGAAUCCCUGGGGUCCGUGGAGCGGCUGCUCUAAGUCCUGUGAUGGAGGAGGGCAAAGGCGUGUCAGAGUGUGUCAGGGGGUGGCGGUGACCGGGCAGCAGUGUGAUGGGAACGGAGAAGAAGUUCGAAAGUGUAGUGACCAACGCUGCCCAGCACCGUAUGAGAUUUGUCCAGAGGACUAUGCAAUGUCGAUGGUGUGGAGACGGACCCCUUCGGGAGAGCUUGCUUUCAACCGAUGCCCACCCAAUGCUACAGGCACCACUAGUCGACGCUGCUCUUUGGAUCACCGCGGCAUGGCCUUUUGGGAGAAGCCCAGCUACGCUCGAUGCAUAACAAAUGAAUUCAGAUACUUGCAGCAAACAGUUCAGAGCCAUCUUGCGAAGGGCCAGAGGACUCUAGCGGGGGACGGCAUGUCCAAGGUUACCAAGAACCUGCUGAACUACACCCAGCCGAGGAACUUCUAUGCCGGUGACCUGCUCUCAUCAGUGGAGAUCCUUCGCAAUGUGACAGAGACCUUCAAGAGGGCGAGCUACGAGCCUUCCUCAGAUGACGUUCAAAACUUUUUUCAAAUCAUCAGCAACCUCUUGGAGGAGGAAAAUCAGGAGAAAUGGGAAGAUGCACAAAAGAUCUACCCUGCGGCAGUGGAACUCAUGCAGGUCAUAGAGGAGUUCAUCCAUAUUGUUGGACUGGGCAUGAAGGAUUUCCACAAUGCCUAUCUGAUGACCGGAAACUUGGUGGCCAGCAUCCAGAGACUUCCAGCCGUGUCUGUGAUGACUGACAUCAACUUCCCCAUGAAAGGUCGUAAAGGCAUGGUUGACUGGGCCAGGAACUCGGAAGAUAAAGUGGUCAUCCCAAAGGGCCUCUUUGUUUCCCAGUCAGCAGACAUGGAAGGAUCACCUGUGUUCAUUUUGGGAACUGUUCUCUACAAAACUCUUGGACUCAUGCUACCUUCACCAAAGAAUAUCACUGCUGUAAACUCCAAGGUUAUUGCUGUGACUAUAAGACCUGAGCCCAAGGCAACUGAGUCCCACCUGGAGAUUGAGUUGGCUCAUCUGGCAAAUGGAACAAUGAAGCCGUACUGUGCACUCUGGGACAGCAGCAUAAUGAACGAUUCUUGGGGAGCCUGGUCCGCGAAAGGAUGCAAAACGGUGCUCACAGAUGCAUCCCAUACAAAAUGCUCGUGUGAUCGUGUAUCUACCUUCGCCAUUUUGGCUCAGCAACCGAGAGGAAUAACUAUGGAGUACUCAGGGGUCCCAUCUGUGACACUGAUAGUUGGCUGUGGUUUGUCUUGCCUCGCCUUGAUCACACUGGCGGUCAUCUAUGCCAUCUUAUGGAGAUAUAUUCGAUCUGAACGAUCCAUUAUCCUGCUGAAUUUCUGCCUAUCUAUAGUCUGCUCGAACAUACUAAUACUUGUUGGACAAACACAAACCCACAAUGUGGGUGUGUGCAUCAUGACAACUGCCUUCCUGCACUUCUUCUUCCUCGCAUCCUUCUGCUGGGUUCUUACGGAAGCCUGGCAGUCCUACAUGGCGGUGACAGGGAAGGUUCGCACAAGGCUCAUCCGGAAGCGUUUCCUGUGUCUUGGCUGGGGAUUGCCAGCUUUAGUUGUUGCCAUUUCAAUGGGAUUCACUAAAACAAAAGGCUACGGGACACCAUUGUACUGUUGGCUGUCCUUGGAGGGUGGGCUCCUGUAUGCCUUUGUUGGACCCGCAGCAGCUGUUGUUUUGGUCAACAUGGUGAUCGGUAUCUUGGUAUUCAAUAAGUUAGUGUCCAGAGAUGGAAUCCUGGACAAGAAGCUGAAGCAUCGUGCAGGGUAUGACAGCACAUCCUUACAAAUGAGUGAGCCACAUACAGGAUUAACUCUCAAGUGUGCCAAAUGCGGUGUUGUAUCAACAACUGCUUUAUCAGCAACAACAGCAAGCAAUGCAAUGGCGUCAUUGUGGAGCUCCUGUGUCGUCCUACCUCUGCUGGCUCUGACCUGGAUGUCCGCUGUGCUCGCCAUGACAGACAAGCGCUCCAUUCUCUUCCAGAUCCUCUUUGCCGUCUUUGACUCCUUGCAGGGUUUUGUCAUCGUGAUGGUGCACUGCAUUCUACGGAGAGAGGUGCAAGACGCUUUCAGAUGCCGGCUCAGAAACUGUCAAGAUCCAAUCAGUGGUGAUGCAACAGGAACCUUCCCUAAUGGGCAUGCUCAGAUAAUGACAGACUUUGAGAAAGAUGUGGACAUCGCCUGCCGAUCAGCGCUCCACAAGGACAUGGGCUCGUGUCGUGCCGCCACCAUAACAGGCACACUCUCCCGCAUUUCCCUCAACGAUGAGGAGGAUGAGAAAGCGCCUGAGGGCCUCAACUACUCCACGUUGCCAGGCAACAUCAUCUCCAAAGUGAUAAUCCAGCAGCCUUCAGCUUUGCACAUGCCAGUAGGAAUUGGCGACCUGAAAGACCAGUGCAUGUCUGACAGCAAUGCCGACAUGCGCCGCACAGUCUACCUGUGCACUGAUGACGGCAUGCGUCAGAGCGACCACGACAUGGAGGCCCGACAGACGCAGGGUCAAAUGAUGGAGACGGACUACAUAGUGAUGCCUCGCGCCUCGGCGGGUGUAGUGUCGGGUUCGGCCACCCUCCCCACCCUUAUUAAAGAGGAGCCCAAGAUGACUGCUGCCAUGGAUACGCUGCCCCACGAGAGGCUAAAGCAUUACAAGAUAAGCCCUGACUUCAAUAUCAACCCGUCAGGCAUGGACCACAUGAAUGUGAACCUAGAGCACCAGUAUCCUAGUGCUCCAGAGCAGAUGCAAACCCUGCCCUUUGAACCUCGCACAGCUGUUAAGAACUUCCUUGCAGAAAUGGAGGAAACUGGGGGCCUAUCUCGGAGUGACACUGGCUCCACAAUAUCAAUGAGCUCCCUGGAGAGAAGAAAGUCGAGAUAUUCCGAUCUAGACUUUGAGAAAGUCAUGCACACCAGGAAAAGACACAUGGAGCUGUUCCAGGAACUGAAUCAGAAAUUUCAAACCCUGGACCGAUUUCGAGACAUACCAAAUAUGGGCAGCAUGGACAAGGCAAUGCCAAAACAGAAUCCAUGGGAGAGCUACAAUCCAGCCUGUGAGUACCAGAACUACGCCACUAUGAAUGUACUAGAAUCCGACCCCAAGGACUCACUGGAGAUGACGGCUGCAGAGUGGGAGAAGUGUGUCAACCUACCCUUAGAUGUCCAGGAAGGAGACUUCCAGACAGAAGUGUAAAGGGUAAAGAAGAUGGAGGGGGAAAAAAUGCAAACUUGGAAAGGAGGAGAAGGGGAUGUAUUUUGCACUGAUUAAAGCAACAGACUUUUCUAACAGCCUUGGCAAACAUAUCUGGAUCUUACGAGCGUGGCAGGGACAUAAUGUGCCAAUACAAUAUAAGGACUGGGGAGAGAGGAAAAAAAGAAAAAUAAAAAGGGAUAAAAACAUCAGUGUUACUUUUUGUAUUCUCACUAGUGUACUUAGUGUGGGGCAGCCUGGUGUACAAUAUUUACCAUCCUGUGUUACCAAUUAUCUGUGGAGGAAUUGGCUGAAAAAACAAAAAACAACAAAAAAACUCUCUUAAUGAAACCUCACAAAGCAAAUGACAUACCAUGUCGUCCCAGCUUCAUCGGGUCCAGUUUUGAUUUCCUAAAACUGGAUCUGGGAGCACAAUGUAUAUAUUUAUGCAGUUUUUAAAAAGUUUAUAACAGUCGGUUUGGCCAUUACUACACUUUUUACUUUAUAAUAUAAAAACAUGGGAGGCAAAGAGGAUUUUUUCCUGUCAUAUUAAAAUGAAUGUUUGUCAAGCUACAUUCUUCAUUGCUUUAAAUGCAAUAAAGAUAAUACUCACUUUUAUAUAAAUAAUAUAUUUCACAACUUUAAUACUGCAGAAUCUGCUUGAAGGAUCCCAGCAAGCUCUCUCAUCUGCAGCUCUGUAUAAAAUAUUUAAAAACAAAAAUGUUGUAUGGUGUAAAUAAACUUUUGUCUACAUAUGUUUUACUUGUGCCAAUUUAUUUUAAUGAGGAAAAAAAAUGCCAACUUGAUCAGAAGAUAUAGCGAAAAAUGUUAACAUUUGAAAAGGAAUGUAAAUAAAAGAGGAAAUAUGUUCGUA